UAACCCAAUCUGGCAACACUGGGAGUGAAGCUCAUGCUUCUGGUCGGGAAGGAGAGUGUCAGUGAGCGAUGGGUUCAAUCCAGACAUGUAUUCAUCAUAUUGGAAAGAGGUGAAAGACAUCCCAGGCUUCAGUACACCAGGUAGGGGUUCGAGUCCCUCUAGGGAACCAGGUAAACCAUCAUGAUUCCUAUCACAGAGCUGCGGUACUUUGCUGACACCCAGCCUGCAUACCGCAUCCUGAAGCCAUGGUGGGACGUGUUCACCGACUACAUCUCCAUCGUCAUGUUGAUGAUCGCCGUCUUUGGCGGCACACUACAGGUCACGCAGGACAAGAUGAUUUGUCUCCCUUGCAAGUGGAUUGUGAACAAGACUUGUGAGACCAUCCCCCUUCCCAACCUCACCAUCCCCUACGCCCCCGAACCUAAAGGCAUCAAGUAUGACCUUGACCGGCACCAGUAUAACUACGUCGACGCGGUCUGCUACGAGAAUAAACUCCAUUGGUUUGCCAAGUACUUCCCCUAUCUGGUGCUGCUGCACACCCUCAUCUUUUUGGCCUGCAGCAAUUUCUGGUUCAAGUUCCCCCGGACAAGCUCUAAACUGGAGCACUUUGUCUCUAUCCUCCUCAAGUGCUUUGACUCUCCGUGGACUACGAGGGCUCUGUCAGAGACCGUAGUGGAGGAGAGCGACCCCAAGCCCCCAGGGAAAAUGAAUGGCUCCAUGGACAAAAAAGCAUCUUCUGUGAGCGAGGAUGUGGAGGCGAGCAUUCCCAUGCUGCAAAGGACUAAGAGAAUUGAACAAGGAAUAGUCGAUCGCUCCGAGACGGGGGUUCUAGAUAAGAAGGAAGGGGAGCAGGCCAAGGCCCUUUUUGAAAAGGUCAAGAAGUUUAGGAUCCAUGUGGAGGAAGGCGACAUAGUCUACCGUCUCUAUAUACGUCAGACCAUCAUCAAAGUCAUUAAGUUUGUGUUGAUCAUUUGUUACACGGCCUACUACGUGCGUUGUAUCCAGUUCAGUGUGGUGUGCACGGUGGACAUUGAAAGGCUGACAGGCUACAGAAUGUACCACUGCGCACACCCCUUGGCCACACUUUUCAAGAUCCUAGCCUGUUUCUACAUCAGUUUGGUGGGGGUCUACGGUCUCAUUUGCAUGUACACGCUCUUCUGGAUGCUAAGCCGCUCCCUAAAACGCUACUCCUUCGAGUCAAUCCGCGAGGAGAGCAGUUACAGCGACAUCCCCGAUGUAAAGAAUGACUUUGCCUUCAUGCUGCACAUGAUAGAUCAGUACGACCCUCUUUACUCAAAGCGUUUUGCUGUCUUCCUCUCCGAGGUGAGUGAGAACAAGCUGAGGCAGCUGAACCUGAACAACGAGUGGACACUAGAAAAGCUGAGACAGCGCAUCACCAAGAACUCCCAGGAGAAGCUGGAGCUGCAUCUGUUCAUGCUCAGCGGCAUCCCGGACACGGUGUUCGACCUGCUGGAGGUCGAGGUGCUCAAGCUGGAGCUCAUCCCCGACAUCACCAUCCCGCCUAUCAUCGCCCAGCUCGCCAACCUGAGGGAGAUGUGGCUGUACCAUACCCCCGCCAAAAUAGAGGCCCCCGCUCUGGCCUUCCUGCGGGAAAACCUCAAGUCCCUCCACAUUAAAUUCACUGACAUCAAGGAGAUCCCGCUUUGGAUUUACAGCCUGAAAAACCUCAGCGAGCUGCACCUCACAGGCAACCUGAGCGCCGACAACAACCGCUUCAUCGUCAUCGACGGCCUGCGCGAGCUCAAGAGGCUCAAGGUGCUGCGGCUGAAGAGCAACCUCACCAAGCUGCCUCAGGUGGUGACUGACGUGGGCGUCCACCUUCAGAAGCUCUCCGUCAACAACGAGGGCACCAAGCUCAUGGUGCUCAACAGCCUGAAGAAGAUGGUGAACCUCACGGAGCUGGAGCUGGUGCGCUGUGACCUGGAGCGCAUCCCGCACUCCAUCUUCAGCCUGCACAACCUGCAGGAGAUCGACCUGAAGGACAACAACCUGAAGACCAUCGAGGAGAUCAUCAGCUUCCAGCACCUGCACCGGCUGGUGUGCCUGAAGCUUUGGUACAACCAGAUCUCCUACAUCCCCAUGCAGAUUGGCACCCUGACCAAUCUGGAGAGGCUCUAUCUGAACAGGAACAAGAUCGAAAAGAUCCCCAGCCAGCUAUUCUUCUGCCGCAAGCUGCGCUUCCUGGACCUGAGUCACAACAACCUCACCAGCAUCCACGCCGACGUGGACCGCCUGCAGAACCUUCAGUACUUUGCUGUGACGUCAAACCGGAUCGAGGUGUUGCCCCCGGAGCUGUUCCAGUGCAAGAAGCUGCGGACGCUCAACCUGGGCAGCAACUGCCUGCAGGCGCUGCCGUCACGCUUCGGGGAGCUCACGGGCCUCACCCAGCUGGAGCUAAGGGGCAACCGGCUGGAGGUCCUGCCCGUGGAGCUCGGCGAGUGCCGGCUGCUGAAGAAGAGCUGCCUGGUGGUGGAGGAGGACCUGUUCAACACGCUGCCCCCCGAGGUCAAGGAGCAGCUGUGGAGGGCCGACCAAGCUUGAGUCUUGCUGCUUUUUGUGCCUUUAAGGAAAAGGACAUUGGACAGAGACAAGACAUUGAGUUGAAGAAGGGCGGGAACGACAUGCAGCACAGGACCAGCGAUGGGAAUCGAACCCGGGUCGCUAUUUGCCUAUGGUUUGCACACUAGCAGUUGAGCCACCAAGACGCCCUGAUUUUUUUCUAUUUAAAAGCCAGCGGAAGAAAGUAUGGAUGUUGGACCCACCCUUCCUGUUGAGAUAAGGACUGAGGGGGAGCUGUAUGGAUGAUUGAUGAGGGGUUGAGAUAAGUAGGGUUGGGGAUAAGGUGUAUACUGUACAGCCCUUCUGACUAUGUGACUGUGGGUCAAGCCCUGAUCAGUCAAAAGCAUGUGUCCAACCUGUACCAUAAUGAUAAUUCAAUCAUUUAUCUUGAUCUUAAAUGCAAAAGUCAUACACAUUCACGUGUAUAUAUAUAUAUAUAUAUAUAUAUAUAGAAUAAUUAUUCCUUGAUACAAAUCAUUAACACACACCCUACACAGGAGGGACACUAUUAUUAUAUUAAUAUAUUAUUUACCCCCAAAAUCCCCCGAAAAUGUGGAUUUGUUUCGUAUUUUGUGUGUGCAGAUUCAAUAAUAGGUCUUGCCAGAAAGAUUUGACAGCAUUGAAUCCUCUGCUGUAUCAUGUCCUCCACAAUGCCGAUCAACAGGGUAUCCCAGCUGCCUGAAUAACACUCGGCAUGGGACAAGGCCUGUGGUUUAAAGGAUUAUUCUUGAUUUUUUCUUGGUUUUGCCAAGCAACAGGACAGGGACUUGGUGAACUUGUUUAAGCGAAAAACAGAAGAAGUCUAUGACACCCUUAGGACACUUUGAACAGAGUGAGUAGGAGAAGAAUAACACUGUUGUUUCAUGGGAGUAUAAGAGUUACAGAGACACACCAGUCUUGAGCUGGCUAUCUCCUAGCCACUAACAUGUCUAUAUAUACAAUUAAAUUCAUCUUUAUUGCAAAUAGAAAUGGUCAUGCACAGAAAGUAUUACAAAGCGGAUAUAUUUGCUAUUUAUUCACUUCACUUGGUUUAAUUGCAGGUGCAAAUCCUGAAAGUUCCUGACCAGAGUUUAAUCCUAAUUUAUUUGGGCACUGAAUGAUGUGUAUAAUUGAACCACUAGGUAAAGUUCCCUAAAGUUGAGUGGGGAGCCUCUUUGGAUUUGCUUCCAACUUAGUUUUCAUCCCCAGUAGAGAGAAAUGUUGUGUUUGUGCCUUGUCUGCCUGAAACUUUGUGUGCUUUUUAUUUUGAUGUGUUUAUAUUUUAUUUGUCUUCCAUUUACCUCGGAUAAAUCUGCAAUUGGCUUUGCCAGAAUGCUUAAAAUAAGGGAUUAUUACCACGUCCAAAGAUGGUAUUUGUGGUUGUUCUAAAGGGAAACAAGUGGUUUUGUCUGCUUGAAUAGCUUCGGAAGAUGUGUGUACUACAGCCAGGUUCUACUUUUUGUUAUUUACUACUAAUGCCUUACUUUUUAUAUCUCUUCAUGACUUGGUAUUUUCAGGUGUGCGGGUACAGGUUGACUUUGGGUAAUAUGAUCUUCAUGUUGCUGUUCAAUGCAUACAGAUUGUAUGAAAUGUGGCAUUGUUCAUUACAUCUGGAUUAAGUUGUUUUUUUAGGAGUCUGGCAGUUGUAAUAACAUGAGACAAAUGCACUUUUUGUUGAAAUUGUUGUUUUUUACGACAAAAUUUGAGUCAAGUUCCUUUUGCUUUACAAAUCAAUGUCCUUUUUCUGUCCUGGUUGUGUUAGUAUUAUUGUGUUUUGGGAGAGGCUGGAUAUGCUCCACUCCUGUAAGAAGCUGGAGCCAUCGUCACUAUUCUCGGAACAGAGCCACUGCAAUGGAAACAUUGGGUAUUGGUUUAGACGAAUAUGUAGGUAUUUGUAGGUACCAAACGCACACUGAAACACAAAGUGAUGAGACAAGCCCUCCAAACGUAUAUGAUCUGAAAUCGAGUAUGCAGGGAUUUUUCUGCCAGACCGUUAUGUUUAUGCAGCCACAACCCCCUAUAUUUAGGAUGUUUAGUCACCAGGCAAACAUGAAAGAUGUUGGAAUCCGGCAAACCACAUGCCCACAGUUGAUGUGGACUUAUGAGUGUCAAAUAUAGGCCUAUGUUAAUCAUUUGUUCUGGACAAACUUUGGCCUUAUCUCGCUGGUCGAGUUUUCUGUGGUUUGAAUGCUUUGCCUCGUAGACAGCUCAUGCCUCGUAGACAGUUCAAAUUAAAUUGAACUGACUUACUUGAGAGUGCCGUAGAAGUGAACUACAGGGAAUCACGCAUUCAUUAACCCAUUCCUCCAUUCAUUUCAUUCACUCAUUUAGUUUAAGGCAGAAGAUUGUGGAAAGAUGUGGCCAAACCAUCUUUUUUUUUUUUUCAACUGAGUCAUUGUGCACUGAUCACACAUCUGUCAUUUCUAUACGUCGUACCUUUUCUUGGUGCUCCUGUUUAAAUGUCUCAUAACCCUGCUUUACAUUUCCCCCUGAAACUAAGAACUUCUAUCCAUGGGAAUGUUUGGAGCUAGUCAGUUCAACAUGACAUCCCUUUUUUUUUGUAUAUUCAUACGCAAGUCUUAACCACACAUCUUGCUGCAUGUCAGCAUUUCUGAAUGAGGUCAGACAGCUUUUUCAAGCAUUGACUAACAAAAUGACCCCUAAAUUAGUUGAAGUUAACUCUGUACUAUGUAACCCAAUGCCAGCAGUAGACAGUGUUAAAAAAUAAACACUACUCACAUCUAUGUAAAGUAUAAUAUAAUUUGUCAGCAACAGGUGAUUAAGAGUCAUCAUUCAAGUCCUAUUAAAUAUAGACUUGAUGAAACGUUACAAUUUGGAUUAAAUGCUGUUGCUUCACACAUCAAAACGUGCAGACCUAUAAUUUAUUGUUUGAAUAAUUGAAUGUGUUUGUUAAAAACCUUUCGAAGACAUUGCUGGGUUCAGUUGUAGUAUCAUGCAAUAUGGAAUUUCCCUCAUGACCCUGACAAUUAACGUACCAAAUGAGACGUUCUAACAGGAUGGAAUCAUGUUAUUGUCCUUAACAAAAGGACUUAAUAUAUAUAUUAUGGGCAAUUAUAUGAUAAAUAUGGCCAGAAAGUUUUCUAUCGCCCUGACUAUUAUAAUAAAGUUGUCUCUUAACACUAAAUUGGGGGUUGUCUUGUAUCUAUAUCACAAAGAAACACUACGGCCUUAUAUUCAACUUAAAGGAAAUAAAGGGAAACCCCUGUUACUGUCUCCCUUGGCUUCACAAAAACAUGAAAAAUCGAAAUCACCAUGUUGUGCCUAUAAUGCCUAAGAGCAUUUUUGCGUGAACACGCCUGCCAUAAAGGUUAACAAACUAGUUAUCCUUGGGUCUUUCUGAUUAGACAUUUUGUAAAGUGCUUGUAUUGCGAUUUACUAUUUGUAUUUGUCCACAAACUCCUUUCUGAUACGAUGCACAUUGAUUUUCUGAAUCAAUGGAGUUCAAUGAUUGAAGUGCUAUAUACAUUGUGAUUUGACAUCUCAAUGACUGCUGCCAUGCUGGGAACAUAGGACCAUAAGUAAUGAUAGUUUUAAUGUUGGUAUUAAUGUUUUUGUCAUUGUUUGGUAAUUAAUCGUGAAAAUUUUUUUCAUUAUGGGAAUACAUUGUUGUGUUUUAAAACUGUCACAGCGCUAUUCAUUGGAAAUGUGGCAAAUUAAAGUUUACUUCUAGGUUACAGUAUAUUUACACUGAUUACAUUUUCUGUACUGCUUCAAGGCUGCAUCCAUGUGUACUACUUACUACAGUGUGUACUACGCACUACAGUGUGUACUGUAUUCUGCUGUACUAUUGGUAAAACAGCCCAAAGUAUUAAACAUUUUGGAAAUACUAGUGUCGAGGAAUUCAAGCUGUCCAAACAGUAUAAUGUUUAUGUAUAUGUUUAUGGGGUAGCGAUAGUUGCUGAUUGUUACACAUUUACUUGUGUGAUGUAAGAGUAUGUGUUUGACUUCAGUUGUUGAGUUGCUUUUUUGCCUUUUAACCUGUUAAUAUGAGGGCAAUAAACCAGUACGGAGAGGCUAAA